AUGCCUGGUGCUGACGGUCAUAGUGAUAGUGCUGCCGGUAAAAAUAGAGAAACUGCUUCUGCUGAGGGUACUGGUGGAGUUGCUGGUGGUCGUACUUCUCCUUCUGAAGCUACUAUUCCUCCUGCUGCACCUUCUCCUUCUACUGCAGGGAACAGUACUGCUCCUUCAGAAAACCCUCAACAUGAAAACAAUGAGGCACGUGAAACUGCAACAUCACCAACUACACCUUCUUCCAACACUUCAGCCACAGCAAGUGAUGGUGGUUCAAAUCCUGCAUCAACUGAGACUGAUAAUACAUCUUCAGCGAGUGAGUCAACAGCCAACCAAGAGGGUUCUGCUGAUAAUACAGAUACAACAACCACCACC